CCCAAAGAAUGUUUCUCCAAUUGUUUAUUUCAACCUUAAUAUUUCUGAGAUAAUUGGCUAUUACAAAAUUAACAAAAACAAAAUCAAUACUCUUCUGAAUUUUUUGAGGUGCCAGCCCAAGGAAUUUUUUUGAUCAUCAAAUAAACAUUUAUUAAACAUUAACUAUGCAGAAAGUUGUGCUAGACUAAUUCAUAAUACUAAUAAUUCACAUUUUUAUAGUUUUACUAAACAAGUUUGAUAGAAGUAGUAUAAGAAACGCCCCCUUUACCAUCCUCAUUCCAAUUCCUUCCUAAAUUGGAUAGUCUUUCAAUUUCCUGAAGUCAUUAUCUCCCACAGUUCUUUUUUCUUCUAGAUAGCCUUUCCAUAGCACCAUGUUUGCUACCAAGUUCUGCUAUCCUGGCUUCUUUGGAACCUUACUAUCCUUUGCUUCCUCCAAGAAGUAUAUGCCCUUCCUCCUUCCCUACAGCAACCUCUGUACUCCUGAGCAACGGACUGAGAAUGUCUGUAGAGAUUCUGACUAGCUCCUCAGGACCCCAUUAGCCACUCAAAUGAGUGUUCUGUGAUAUUGAUAAGCCAGAAUCAUCUUGUGCCAGCUUCCAGGUGCCCAAAGGAGACUUCCUUACUUAACCCCAAUUGCCUCCUCCCCCAAAAAAUAGAUGAGACUUUCUUGGGCCUUUUCUCAAUAUCUCCUGCCUAAGGCAUCUUGAAACUUUUCAUUUAUUUGUAACAAAGGACUAGAUACUUUGUGGCUCCAAGUCUUCUGGGUUUGAGGAGCUAGAUUUAGAGUCAGGGCCUCCAUCUAAAACAGCUGGAAUCCUUAGCAGUUGAUAUGUCCACUCAUCCAUUCCUCCUGCUAGAGACACUUGGCUACCCUUGGGUUUGGGGGCUGCCACUGGGGACUUGGGUUUCCUCUGAUGAUUUCUGCCUGGCGUCCUACCUAACCUAACCCCUCUUCCUCCCAACACCAGUCCCCGUGUGGCCCAGAACUGGUUGGUAACUCACAUUCCCCAUUUUUAGGUUCUAAGCUACCUCUCUGUAGAUGUCAGGUUCUCUCAGUGCCACAUUUCUGGUGUCUCAGGUGUGUUGACAUUCUGUCUGUAGCUGCCCUUUUAGUACCCUUCUCCCCCUGGGGCCCCACUCUGAGGCAGGCCCUCUCCUUACUUGCAUCCUUACUCCCCGCCUUUCUUCUUUGGCCCUCACUUAUCCCUGGAUGUCAUGUUCUGUUCCUCCACAGUUCCUCAAACAGUAUGAGGCUAAGGUUAAGUGACAGGGCCCUUUAUGUGUCCCCCCAGAUACACGUUCGGUAUAACAUCCCCGUGACAGCGGCCUCCCUCAGCUCCAUCAAGAGCCUAAGCCGCAGGCACGUCUCCUGUGUGAGCCUUAUCAACGUGGAUGGUUCUUCGGACACCAACAGCGUGCUGCAGUCCAUCUCCUACUACCUAGGCCCACACCUGCAAAGCCUGUCUCUGGGUGGGGGCUCCUUGACGGAGGCUUCUUUUGUAAGGCUCAUCAUAAGCUGCCCUGGGCUCCAGGUCUUGGACCUCAGUGGCUGCAAUAGCCUCUUCAUGUCCGGGAAGCUGCUGGACCAACCAGAAACAGCCCAACAGGUGCAGAAGGCCCUGGCUAACCUCCGGGAUCUCAACCUGUCUGGCUUACGCCAUUUGGCCGACAGCAGCUUUAACCGCCUGAGCAGCUGCACCCCCAAACUGGAGCGCCUCUCUCUGGCACGCUGCCACAUCACCUUUGACCCUCACCGCAGUCGGUCGGCCCAACCAGGCUCCUCGGCCAUCCUUUCCUUCCCCAACAUACUCCACUUCCUGAAGGAGCGAGCCAGUCAUCUGGUGGCCCUGGACCUGAGCGGCACAAAUCUGACCCCCACGGCUCUCCAUGCGUUGGGACAGGUGGUGGGACUUCACCUGCGGGAGCUGGUCCUGCGGGGCUGCCGGGACAUCUCCACUGAGGCUGUGGCGGUCCUGUGCCGGCAGCAGCGGGGCCUGACCAGCCUGGACCUGAGCGGCUGCUCGGAGCUGGCCGACGGGGCCCUUCUGGUUGUGUCCAGGGGCCUGCAGGGUCUGCAGCAUCUGCGCCUGGAGAAGCUGCAGCAGCUGACGGACUCCGGCUUCUCCUCCUUGCACUGGCUGCGGGAGCUGAGAAGCCUCGACCUGGCCGAGUGCUGCCGUGUGAGUGGAAGGGAGCUGGCCAAGGCCCUGGAGUUCCCUAGGGGGCCCCCACCCCACCUCGCAUCUCUCAGGCUAGCCUACUGCUCCUUGCUGAAGGAUGCUUCUGUCAUCUCUUUGGCCCAGGGGCUCGGCUCCAGCCUGAAGGUGCUAGACCUGUCAUCCUGCAUGUCCCUCACCAACAGCAGCCUGCUGGCCAUCUCUGCCAACCUGCCCCAGCUCACUGUCCUGCGGCUGGCCUGGUGUAAGGAAAUCACUGACUCGGGGCUCCUGGGGCUGGCAGAUCCAGGCGAGGAGAAGGACAGAGGGACGAAGUUAAACAAGAACUUUGGAGACAUGGGCUUCUUCCUCCCACAGCUGCCUCCAGAGCCCUUGGCCUCCCUCGAAUCCCCCUCCCAAGAGACUCCCAACAAACAGCUCACACCCUCCCUGCUCCUACUGAAGGCUUUGCAGGAGCUUGACCUCACUGCCUGCAGCAAACUGACAGACAACAGCCUGGCCAAGGUGCUGAAGUUUCCCCGGCUGAGGCAGCUCUCCCUGAGCCUGCUCCUGGAGUUUUCGGACGUGGGGCUGGUGGCGGUGGCCCAAGGCUGCCGCCUAGAGCACCUGGCCCUGAGUCACUGCAGCCGCCUGAGCGACAGAGGCUGGGCCCGGGCAGCCAGUUUCUGGAGGAGGCUCCAGCACCUCAACCUCUCCAACUGCAACCAGCUCACGGAGCAGACUCUGGCCACCAUCCGACAGGCCUGCCAGCAGCUGAAGGUGCUGGACGUGUCCAUGUGUCAGGGCAUCAGCAUGACCGCCGUGGAGCACUUCCAAGCCCAGCUGCCCCAGGUGACCUGCGUUCAGUCCCGCUUUGUGGGGGGGGCCGACCUGGCCAUGACCCUCUGAAUAAAAGUCGGUCCGGAAACCCUCCUCCCAGCCCACCUGCCACUUUACUCUCCCCUAGAACCUCGCUACCCAGCGGGGCUUGGGCACCUACCUCACCAUUGGCACCAUCUUUCCUGGAGCAAGAGAAGGUCCAGCGCUGCCCACCCGCCCCUCCUCAGCUGGGAGCUCCCUUGCCAGGAUUGAGGGCCCUGAGGAACUGCUUCCUGGCGCUGCACCCUGGGUUUCAUAGAGCCCGAGGAAGGGAGCCCCCCGUUCCUCCCUAGCACUUCCCACUCUGGCUUCCUCAGCCUUUGGCUCCAACGGCGGAGCCCCACAAGGCCGAGGGGCUCCCGGCUUUCUUAGAGGCCCGGCGGAGUCCUAGCGGCUGGGCCCAGGCUCCCACCUAGCACUUCCCACAUCCCAUUUGCCUUACUCACUAAUGGCUCCCCCAGCUCCUCAGCGCUGGGACCAGCCCUAUACAAAGUUCUUUGUGGGGUUUGCGAGAAUUAAAAGUCUGUGAUCUCA